CUACAUGCGCUGUGGUCACAUAUCUGAACAAGCAGCUUGCUACUUUUCUGCCGCCGAAACGAUACGCAGCGCUUACGUGUCGACGUAAACACGUGCGGGUGCCUGGUUACAGGUUUCUCUUUCUAUUUUUUCUUCCCCAUCCCUCUCGCUCUUUCUCAUUCCCUGACAACAGCAACGAUGGCGGAGCCCGUAGCAUCGGGAGUAUCGGCAACAGACGCAGCAUCCUCAUCUCCCACCCCAGCCCUUUCUCCGGCAGUCAGUCCGGGUUCCGAGCCUCCCUCCAUGGCGCUAUCUCCCUCCGCAGGCGGCUCACAGCGACUCCUUUUCUCUCAUGAUCUGGUGUCCGGUCGGUAUCGUGGUUCGGUCCGGUUCGGCCUUGUCAGAAUGAUCCACGGCGAGGAGGAUUUUGAUUCCGAUUCGGACCUCGAUGGUGAUGGCGGAGGUGGAGGUGGCGGCGGCGGGGGAGGUGGUGGUAUCGCUGGCAGCUCUGACACCGAGAGUGGGGCGGCUGACGCUCGGGCUCGGCCUCUCGGAAGAGGCUAUGUUCGGGUGCAGUGGUACCCUGAAGGAGGAAAGCAAGACAUUCGGGAAACGAAGCUGAAGCUUGAAGAUCGGUCGAUCGUGCCGCGGGACAUUGUCCGUCGGAUGAAUGCAAAUGACAACCAGUGUGGCACAGUGAUUGACAUCAACAUCGAGUGCGCCGUCAAACUGGUGGGGACCAACUGUGUCCUGUACCCUGUCAACAGCAGAGACCUGCAGCACAUCUGGUCCUUUAUGUAUGGAGAUUACAUUGCCUACGACUUCUGGCUGGGAAAGGUGUACGACCUGACCAAUCACAUAAUCCUGAAGCUGUCCAAUGGAGCCAGGUGUUCCAUGAGCGUGGAGGACGGCGCCAAGCUGUACGACGUCUGCCCCCACGUCAGCGAUUCGGGUCUCUUCUUCGACGAGGCCUACGGCUUCUACCCCGGCCAGGUGCUGAUCGGGCCUUCCAAAGUGUUCUCCAACGUGCAGUGGCUGUCCGGGGUCAAGCCCGUCCUCAGCAAGAAGAGCAAGUUCCGGGUGGUGGUGGAAGAGGUCCAGGUCGUGGAGCUGAAGGUGACGUGGAUCACGAAGAGCUACUCCCCCAGGGGCACGGACAGCGUGUACCCCCCUCCCUCCACCAUCACGCAGGAGAACCUUUGCAGAGUCAAGCGGCUGGGCUACUACGACCACACCCAGAGGCAGCUGGGCGAGCGGGCCCUGUACGUCUUCCCCGCCAGGACCCCCCAUUACCUCCAGGCCGAGGCCCCUGUCUCCCAGGACCGUGGCCAGGAAGGUGCGUCACCCGACCUGUCCCGUUACUCUCCCAUUCUCCCACUGAAGCGGAUGUUUAAGAAGGACGCGCUGAAGAAGGCCGCGGACGGCGCGGACGGGUCGGCCUCCAGCACGCAGCCGGCGGAGAAGGCAGAGAGCCCCGAGGCCGAGAGGAGCACGGAGCCCCGGCGGGACGUCGCCGCGGAGACGGGGAAGGCGGGCACGGGACGUCCCAACAACGGGCCGGCGGAGGCGGCGGCGGCGGGGGCGGGGGCGGGGCAGCCCCGGCGGGACGGCGCCCCCCCGGAGGCGUGGGCGGAGUCGGGCGAGCAGGACGCCGACGACGAGGGGGCCGAGGACACGGACGACACCAGCUCCAUGACGUCGUCGGCCAGCUCCACCGCGUCCUCGCAGAGCGGCGGCCUGGGCCCCGGGCGCAAGAAGAGCAUCCCGCUCUCCAUCCGCAACCUCAAGAGGAAGCACAAGAAGAAGAGGACCAAGUUCUCCCGCGAGUUCCGGCCCGGAGAUCGGGUGGCGGUGGAGGUGGUGUCGACGAAGACCUCGGCGGACGUCAUGUGGAAGGACGGCACCGUGGAGGCCGGCAUCCGCUCCAACGAGCUCAUCCCCAUCCAGCACCUGGACAACUACGAGUUCUGCCCCGGGGACUUCGUGGUGGACAAGCGGCCUCAAGCUCCUCAGGACCCUGGGGUGUACGGGGUGAUCCAGUCUGGGGACCACAAGGGCCGGACCUGCGCUGUGAAGUGGGUCAAACUCAACUGCAGCAGCGACGACGUGGAGGUCAUCGGUGAGGAGGAGGACGUCAGCGUCUACGACAUCGCCGACCACCCGGACUUCCACUUCCGCGCCACCGACAUCGUCAUCAGGAUAUGGAACUCGGAGAACGGGCAGACGGCGGCGGACUGCGAGAACGAGACCUCGGUGGGCCAGGUGUCCAGAGUGGACGUCAGCAGCAAGGUGGAGGUGGUGUGGGCGGAUAACUCCAUGACCAUCGUCCUGCCGCAGCACCUGUACAACGUGGAGUCGGAGAUCGAGGAGACGGACUACGACUCGGUGGAGGAGAGCAGCAGCGGCGCCUCGUCCGAGGAGUGGGAGGACGAGAGCGACAGCUGGGAGACCGACAACGGUGUGAUGGAGGACGAGCACGCGGGCGAGGCGGCGCCCGCGCCCGCGCCCGCGCCCACGCCCACGGGCCCCCCGGAGGAGCAGGCCGCGCUGACCGCCGUGGCGGAGGAGCUGGAGCCGGGCGCCGUCGCCGCGGCGACGCUGGCCGGCGGGGGGGCGGGGCCGGGCUCGGAGGAGAAGGCGGGGAAGGAGGGCGCCGCGCGGGGCUUCCGGGAGCUGAAGGAGGCGCUGAAGAUCCUGGAGAGCCUGAAGAACAUGACGGUGGAGCAGCUGUGGACCGGCUCCCCCACCUCCCCCACCGUGGAGCCCGAGAAGCCCACCAAGGAGAAGAGGUUCCUGGACGACUUCAAGAAGCUGCAGGAGAACCUGAAGAAGACCCUGGACAACGUGGCCAUCGUGGAGGAGGAGCGCAUGGAGGCGGCGGGGGAGGCGGAGAAGGAGGAGAAGCCGCAGGAGCCCCAGACGCCCGUCCGCUCGGAGUGGCCCAGCGACACGCCCGUCCUGUGCCAGCAGAGCGGGGGCAAGCCGGGCGUCACCUUCACCAGCGCCAAGGGGGAGGUCUUCUCCGUGCUGGAGUGGGCACCGGAUAGCCACGCCUUCAAGAAGAUGGAGUUCCAGCCGGCGGAGGCCAAGAAGUUCUUCAGCACCGUGAGGAAGGAGAUGGCCCUGCUGGCCACCUCCCUGCCCGACGGCAUCAUGGUCAAGACCUUCGAGGAUCGCAUGGACCUCUUCUCGGCGAUGAUCAAAGGUCCGACGCGCACGCCCUACGAGGACGGCCUGUUCCUCUUCGACAUCCAGCUGCCCAACAUCUACCCCGCCGUGCCCCCCCUCUUCCGCUACCUGUCCCAGUGCAGCGGCCGCCUCAACCCCAACCUCUACGACAACGGCAAGGUGUGCGUCAGCCUGCUGGGCACCUGGAUCGGCAAGGGCACAGAGAGAUGGACCAGUAAGUCCAGCCUGCUGCAGGUGCUCAUUUCCAUCCAAGGGCUGAUCCUGGUGAACGAGCCCUACUACAACGAGGCGGGCUUCGACAGCGACCGCGGCCUGCAGGAGGGCUACGAGAACAGCCGCUGCUACAACGAGAUGGCGCUGAUCAAGAUGGUGCAGUCCAUGACGCAGCUGCUGCAGACGCCGGUGGAGGUGUUCCAGCAGGAGAUCCGCGAGCACUUCUGCGGCAGCGGGUGGAGGCUGGUGCACCGCCUGGAGGCCUGGCUGGAGCUGCACGAGGCGGCCGAGCGGGGGCCCGGCGGCCACAGGGAGGGCCACAGGGAGGGCCGGGCCCCCGAGUUCCCCCUGCUGGAGGAGGGGGCGCAGGCGGCGGCCCACAGCAGCCCCGGCCAGCCGGACCCCAGGGGGGGGGAGGAGCUGGAGGACUCGGGCCUGAGCCCCUCCACCACGCUGCAGCAGGACCUGAGCCAGCACUCGGACUGCGACGGGGCGGCGUGGGCGGGGGCCGAGGCGGGGGCGGGGCCCGAACAGGCCGGGAGGGCCCAGCCGGACUCCGCCGGCGGCGGCGUGGGCGGCGGCCAGCCCGCGGUCAGACCAAAGAAGCGGAGAAAGAGCUACCGCAGCUUCCUGCCGGAGCGCAGCGGCUACCCGGACAUCGGCUUCCCGCUCUUCCCGCUCUCCAAAGGCUUCGUCAAGAGCGUGCGCGGCGUGCUGCUGCACUACCGCGCCGCGCUGGCGGCCUGCGGCCUCGCCGAGCGGCCCGAGGACAAGUGAGGAGCCAACCGCCACGCGCCGCGCCCCCCCCCCCCCGCCCCCCACGCCCCGCCCCGCCGCCAGCACCUCCCUGCCAAUCGCCACGCCCCCACUCCACCCCCCCCCCCCCACCGCCCCACCGCCACCCCUCAAACCAGUGUUCUACAGCUGUCUGCUGCCCCUCCCACAGGUAGCCCCCCGCCGUACCGGAACAGGGAGGAAAUUUGCUUCUUAUAAGAAAAAAAAGAAAAGAAAAACAUUAAAGAAUUUAAAAAUGGGGGUGGGGGGUGAGGGGGUGGGGGUUGGGGGAAGAAUUACACAUUAAAAAAAAGAAAAAAAGAGUCUUAUCUGCGCAUAUAUCUACUCGAUUUACUUGGUGUCCCACCGGAGCUGAGGUGUGAACUUGCCCUCCCCCCCUGGGGGGGAGCCGCUGCCCGUCCCGCCCUUGUCCUGGUGUCCAUCCCUCUGGAACUCUGAUCGCUCAGGGAGACUCGGACACAGAGCAUGUGCCUUGAUGGAAGGGCGUCUGUCGGGGGCUGGCCUGGGGGCCCUGGUUGGGGGAGAGCAGUGAGGGGGGGGAGGACUGUGAUUGGCUGUGUGCGGCGGUGGUGUGUGGCGUGCUGGGGAAGCUUCCUGUGACUCUUUCUGCGGGCUGAGGGGUCCUACAGAGGAGCGGUAAUUUGGGUGGGGGUGGGAGUGGGAGUGGGAGUGGGGUGGGGAGGCUGGGGUACCACACGGGGGGGUUUGCACAAGAGCAGGGAAACACGAUGUCGCUCGGAACAAAAAACCCAAACCGCCGCGGAACAAAAAGGGAAACGAAGCCAGAACUUUAGCAUCCGUGGUGCCAUGGUGUCCUCCGGGGCUCAGCGCGAGCUGACUGGGCCUGGAGCUGCCCCGGGCCUGGAGCUGACCGAGCCUGGAGCUGUCCCGGGCCUGGAGCUGUCCCGGGCCUGGAGCUGUCUGGGCCUGGAGCUGCCCCGGGCCUGGAGCUGCCCCGGGCCUGGAGCUGACCGGGCCUGGAGCUGUCCCGGGCCUGGAGCUGUCCCGGGCCUGGAGCUGUCCCGGGCCUGGAGCUGUCCUGUCCUGGGCCUGGAGCUGUCCCGGGCCGAGCUGUGUGCGCAGCCCGCUCCUCAGAGGGCAGGAGAGUCGCCCCCGUCCCGCUCCCGCUCUCCCCGUCCCGCGCCAGCCCAGCCAGAAGGGGCGCCCGCUCGGGUAACGGAACACAUGUCGCUGCAUGACCUCACCCUAACGCCCUCGCUCUCCUGCCAGCGCUGGGCCAUGCGCGCCCCUUCGCCAUCUUCCAGGUGCCGCCAGAAAUUCGUUCUGAAGACCAGGCCGUUUUUGGGUUGGAAAGUAGCUGUUGCUGGUGGGCGGAGCUCAACCACCGACACCCCCCCCUCCCCCAGCCACAUAAAAAAAACACAAACAAGAGAAACCGCUUAGUCACUGUAGUUCAUGUAGAAUCGUACCGAUCCCUGACUUCAGACCGCAUUAAAUAAAUCUGAGUGGUGAGUUUACAAAAAAUCUGGGGAAAUCCGGUACGGUAGAUUGGCUGAAGUGCUUGGGGGGGGGGGGGAAGUGAUUUCUGUCCUUAACUGGGCUGUUUAAUAGAUUUAACUCUGGAAUAAUAGGAGGGAGUUUAAGGUGAAGGUGCCUGAGGAAUGUUCCGGAACAGAGGGGGGGGGGGGCACCUGGAGAGACCUCUGUUAUAGUGUACACCUUGUUCCCUUUUCAAAAGAUUUGCACUCUGAUGUGGCUUUUUUUUUUUUUUUUUUCCCUUCUCGCCUGUGUUCCCCGUUUAUUUAAGCACAAAGGUAGGACCUGAUUUAGCUCUGAGGUUUAAUAAGGAGGGGAGAACUGCUCUGCGUCGAAGCCUCCUGUAAGAUGACAACACUUCUCAUCAGCCAAUCAGGACCCACCGUUCUUUCAGACGCCGCCUUGCUCCGUUUGCUCGCUAAAUCGGUAUAUCGUGCUAAGCUGACCCUCUGUCGCCAUAGGUCCUCGGGCAAACCCACCCCCCCACCCCCCUCACCCAAACCCCCCACCCCCUCACCCAAACCCCCACCUCCCUAAGAGCUUCUGUUCUCUGCAGAUCGCUCCCCGGGGGGUUUGGGAGUGGGACGCGGUAAAUAAUUGAACGCACGGACGGGAUCGCGACGCGCUGCCUUACUUUUCUCCAGCUCUCCUGAGGUUUAACAGAGCUCCCCGUUAUCCGAAAAACAAAGCUCCUCUGCCUCAGCUUUAACGCUUCCCCCGGCCCGGACCCCCCCCCCACCCCAACCCUGUUUAAAACUAUGAGCCACAGCGAGGGAGGGGGGGGGAUUAUCUUUGGAUAACAGACAGAGGGGUUUAGUGCUUUAGACAGUUGUGUGCUGCUUAAAUUGAUGCAGUUUUGUCUCUUUUUUUUUUUUUUCUUUUUCUUGUUUCCUUCGAUUUUCGUUUGCCUGUUCUGACCCCCCCCCCAGAGGGCAGGGGGGGGUGUACGGGGUCUUCCAGAGCGGGCUGUUGCCGUCCCAUCAUGCCCCCCGCCCCCCCACUCUAACUCUGCUUUUCAUUUCCUUUUAUUGUUGGGGUGAGGAUUCCCUGGGCGAGCUGGAUUCGAAAGAAAAAAAAAAAAAUCUGUCAGUAUUAGUUUCCCUUUCCCGCCGAACUCGAACGGUCUCAGCCACUUCUUAUUCGUGCCACCAGGGGGCAGCGGCUUCGGAUCCGACCCCCGAAAGGGCCCGCAAGUUCCGCUCUACGUGCCGGAAUCCAGCCCGACCUGUCUCGCAAGUGCUCUUGAAUUGUGGGAACGACACGGGACGUGCGGGCAUUCGUGUUUACAUCCCCUCCUGACGCGGGACUGGAGCGACACGCUCGCGCGUUUGAGAGGCGCGCCUCCAGGCCCCCAGCCCCCCCUUCGGUCGGGCCCAGACCUGCCAAGCUGGCCACCCCUCUGUACAGUCCCCCCUUUUUUUUUUUUUUUGUUGCACAAGACGACUGAAGACGUUUAUGCCUAGGAGCGUAGGUUUGUGAGAUGCAGUUCAAUAUAGCAUGCGUGCGCACACUCCUAAAAAUAAUCUGUGAUGGGGGCGGCGGGGGGGGAGGUGGAGGGGGUGGGAGGGAGGAAAGUGUUGCAAACCAAAAAAAAAAAAAAAAGAAAAAAAAGAAGAUUGUGGAGAAUCUGAUUAGGAGAAAGGUGGUUGUUUUUCUGCUGCUCUUGACGGCACUCUUGUUGGCCUGGCUUGGCUAACUGGCUUCCAUAACCCCCCCCAAAGUUUCCUCUUUCAUAGUGCUGCCUGUGAGUCUGGGGCCCACCUUUCGUAGCUGCAGUGCCUGUAGUGCGUGGCUCUCUUCCUCCCCCCCCCCCCCCCCUUCAAUAUUUGCGACUCAGAGUCUAACUUUGAUCUCCACUAUUUCAGCAGAGAAUGUGAAGCUAGGUCUCGGAAGAGGACAUCAAGCACAUGAAGUUAUGUACUAUUUUCCGUGUAUGUGUACAAUAUUCAAAAUCCAUAUUAUGAAAGAUACAGCCAAAGCAUGUAACAUGUUGCUUUAAGCCUUAAACGGCUACUCACAAGACUUGACUGUACGAUGUAAACAUUUCCACAGUGGCCUGUAUUGGUAAACUAAUAAACUAUGAUUUGUAGCCUGA